CCUCCCUCCCUCGCUCUACCUCCGAGAUCCGCCGCUUCGGUUUGGACGGGGGGAAAUCCUGAGCUGAAUUGCGUCAUUAAUACGUCAAUACAGGCUCACUCGGUGACGACCAGGUACCACGGUGGCCGCCAUAUUCGCAUCCAUGGCAGGGUAGCGGACGAGCGGUGCUCUCGGCGAGCGUACGGGUCCAGUCAUCGGCAUCGGCGAUUCCCCCGCACCGGCCCCCUCCGACCCCGUCCCGAUUCCCACCCCGCGCCCGCGCGGCUUUGCGUCUGGUCGUGGAAGCAGAGCAGCCGGACUUCCACACAGGGGGGAGCCAUGCAACGUGGAGCGGGGGUCUAGGCGGACUACGAUGCCUUAGACUUGGAGAGGAUUUCUGGCACAAGAUGGAGGUAAACAGCGUUAGCAGUGAGGUCAAUGGACAUCAGAUCAUGGACGAGCCAAUGGAGGAGGGAGAGUCUUUCUCACACUGUGAUGACGGGGCGUACGAGGAGAUCCCCAUCACCCACCAUGUGAAAGAGGGUUGUGAGAAAGCGGAUCCAUCUCAGUUUGAACUGCUCAAGGUCCUCGGCCAGGGCUCUUUCGGCAAGGUAUUUCUGGUCAGGAAGCUCUUGGGUCCAGAUGCUGCACAGUUAUAUGCAAUGAAAGUUCUUAAAAAGGCAUCUUUGAAAGUCAGGGACAGAGUUCGCACUAAGAUGGAAAGAGACAUUUUAGUGGAAGUCAAUCAUCCCUUCAUAGUGAAGUUGCACUACGCCUUUCAGACAGAAGGGAAACUGUAUUUAAUACUGGACUUUCUCAGGGGAGGGGAUGUAUUCACUCGCUUAUCCAAAGAGAGAGUAAAUUUGUCCAGUUCUUAUCAGGUUAUGUUUACAGAGGAAGAUGUGAAAUUCUACCUUGCAGAGCUGGCCCUGGCCCUCGACCAUCUGCACAACCUGGGCAUAGUUUACAGAGAUCUCAAGCCAGAGAACAUCUUACUUGAUGAAGCUGGACACAUAAAGUUAACAGACUUUGGCUUGAGCAAAGAGUCAGUCGAUGCUGAUAAGAAGGCGUAUUCCUUCUGCGGUACGGUGGAGUAUAUGGCCCCCGAGGUGGUCAACAGGAGAGGACACACACAGAGUGCGGACUGGUGGUCCCUGGGAGUACUGAUGUUUGAGAUGCUUACGGGGACGUUACCAUUCCAAGGCAAAGACCGCAAUGAGACCAUGAACAUGAUUCUCAAAGCUAAGUUGGGAAUGCCCCAGUUCCUAAGUUUGGAAGCCCAGAGUUUGCUGCGGAUGCUGUUUAAACGUAACCCCGCUAACAGACUAGGGGCCGGACCCGACGGAGUGGAGGAGAUCAAACGCCACGCUUUCUUUUCCACCAUCGACUGGAAUAAACUGUACAGGAGAGAGCUCCAGCCCCCAUUCAAGCCUGCGGCAGGAAAACCAGAUGACACAUUCUGCUUUGACCCAGAGUUCACCGCUAAAACGCCUAAAGACUCCCCAGGUAUCCCACCCAGUGCUAACGCCCACCAGCUCUUCAAAGGCUUCAGUUUUGUUGCCCCGGCCCCUAUGGACGAGAACAAGAGCUCCCCGCUGCUCAGCAUACUCCCUAUAGUUCAGAUGCACGGGGGUGCGGCCAAGUUCUCUGAUCUGUACGAGCUGCAGGAGGACAUAGGGGUCGGCUCUUACUCCAUUUGUAAACGCUGUGUACACCGAGUCUCUGCCGCGGACUAUGCUGUGAAGAUUAUAGACAAAAGUAAGAGGGACCCCUCUGAAGAGAUCGAAAUCCUGAUGCGAUACGGACAGCAUCCCAACAUCAUCACUCUGAAAGACGUGUAUGACGAGGGCAGGUAUGUUUACCUGGUGACGGAGCUGAUGAAGGGGGGGGAGCUGCUGGACAAGAUCCUCAGGCAGAAGUUUUUCUCCGAGAGAGAGGCCAGCGCUGUGCUCUACACCAUCACCAAGACUGUUGACUACCUCCACUGCCAAGGGGUGGUACACCGAGACCUGAAGCCCAGUAACAUCCUGUACAUGGACGACUCGGGGAAUCCUGACUCUAUCAGAAUCUGUGACUUUGGCUUCGCCAAGCAGCUUCGGGGGGGCAAUGGCCUCCUCCUCACCCCCUGUUACACUGCCAACUUUGUGGCACCAGAGGUACUAAUGCGUCAAGGUUAUGAUGCAGCCUGUGAUAUAUGGAGUCUUGGAGUUCUACUGUAUACAAUGCUGGCAGGGUACACGCCGUUUGCUAACGGGCCAAACGACACGCCAGAUGAGAUUCUGCUCCGGAUUGGGUCUGGAAAGUUCUCCUUGACAGGUGGCAACUGGGAUACUGUGUCAGACAGCUCAAAGGACCUGCUGUCCCACAUGCUCCACGUGGACCCUCACCAGAGAUACACAGCAGAGCAGGUCCUAAAGCAUUCCUGGAUCACCUGCAGAGACGCGCUCCCGCACUUCCAGCUCACACGCCACGAUGCACCGCACCUCGUCAAGGGAGCCAUGGCUGCCACCUAUUCAGCACUGAGCCAGAAGACGAGUCAGCCGGUGUUGGAGCCGGUGGCAGCGUCCAGUCUAGCGCAGAGACGCAGCAUGAAGAAACUCACCUCAACCGACAUGUAGACACACACACACACACACACACACACACACACACACACACACACACACACACACACACACACAUCGAUCGCCCUCCAGUUUCAACCUCACUCUGUCCGACUGUCAUACACAAAAUGUAGACGUGCUCUCUCACACACACACACACACACACACACAGACCGAAGUCCUGGCCAGUCAGAGCGACUGUCUCCCCCUUUUUAACCUAUUUAUUUGACACGCUCAACACACACACUCACACCCUCCUAACAUGCGCACACACAAAAACACACACACACUGGACGAGGUCGCAUUUUGAAGAGGUCGGCCGAAGAGGAAGAGGGGAAACUCACAUAUCUGUUACUGCUGGGGAGACAGACUUGUAUUUAUUUCCACAGCUUUCAUAUGCACUUGCCCUCCUCGCCUUUCAUUCUUUCUUCCUCGCGUGGGGAAGAGACACACCAGCUGAUGUUCUCCGUCACUGUGAUUGGCUGAUUCAAAGCUGCUUCGGUAAACUGUGCCCCACUGCUCUUCAUCUGCACCCUGCCACCCUCCUCCUCAGUUCUCUCUCCUUCCCUAAUUUGCUUUGGCUCUCUUAACUUAGUUUCUUCAAAGUGAAGUUAAGGUUUGUGUGUGAGAGUGUCGCCGUGAUGAUAUUGACUGAAGGUCAUAGUGCGACUGUUUCCUCUCUUCAAAAUGAAAAGGCGUGAUUCUGCUUGUGGCGGAUUCAGAGUCCCCUCAGGAACAAUGUCAUCCGCCUGCACUUUCAGUAACAUAAAUGCACAUGAAGACACAACUUGUAUUCCUUUUCCCUUAAAAAAAUCCACCUUCUAACUCAUGUUACUUUGUGAUGCUAACAGUGUAUCAACAGAGGUCGAAUAAGCUGGCGACGGACUAACGAUAAGUUCUAGAAUUUGAAGGUAUAUAUAAUAUAUAUACGUACAAACAUAUGAUGAAGAUGAAGAGCAUGUGGGGGAGCUGUAGGGAUUUUCUCUGGGGGGGGCGGGACGUACCCCGUCGAACCAGAGAGGCUGAAUAAAAAAAAUGCAAAAAAGAUGAAAAAAAGAUUUCCAUGGAUAUCUCUUCAAAAAGACAUUGUGGAAACUGUAUGAUAUUGUAUUUAUUUCAUUUGAUUUUUAAGAUUCUAUUUUUCUUUCAAGUUCUGUAUAUAUUGACAUUAAAGAUCAUUAUUGACAUGC